CCACCCACCCUGGGCCACACUCAAGUAGGUCUGAUGGUUGUUGUCAAACAGGACAGAGGUCGGAGCAUCCUCCCCGCGUCCGGUCCAGCAGCUGCAGACGCGUCCCCCGCUGAGAAACAUGCUGCUUCUGCUGCUCAUCUGCGUCUCGGCCCAGACACACGCUCGGUCAACAUGUGGAACCAGCCAGUUCCAGUGUGGGAGUGGAAAAUGCAUCACGGCCAGAUGGGUGUGUGACGGAGCAGACGACUGUGGAGACGGCACCGACGAACUCCCCGGGACCUGCUCGUCUAAAACCUGCAGACCGAGCGAGUUCAGCUGUGCAGACCGCCUGAACCAGUGCGUCCCCGGCUCCUGGCGCUGCGAUGGAAAGUCUGACUGUGAGAACGGAGCUGAUGAAGCGAGCUGUGCUCUCAGGCGGUGCUCGGACGCAGAGUUCUGCUGCAGGUCGGGUCAGUGCGUCUCGUCCUCCUUCGUGUGCGACCACGAGGCCGACUGCGACGACGGCAGCGACGAGGCCGACUGCCCCCCCGUCACCUGCAGUGCCUCGUCCUUCCAGUGCAACAACACGGUCUGCGUCCCCCUCAUGUGGCUGUGCGACGGCGACGUGGACUGUCCGGAUGGAUCCGACGAGCAAGACCAGAACUGCAAGACGAGGAGCAGCGCCGCUCCUAAGUGCUCAUCCCUGGAGUUCUCCUGCGGCAGCGGGGAGUGCAUCCACAUCACCUGGAGGUGUGACGAAGAGGCCGACUGCCUGGAUGCAUCCGACGAAGCCAGCUGUGCUCGCCCCACCUGCCGGCCCGAUGAGUUCCAGUGCGGCGACGGCUCCUGCAUCCACGGGAGUCGACAGUGCGACCACGAGUACGACUGCAGCGACCGGAGCGACGAGCUGGGCUGCGUGAACGGUAUGUAUUCGCCCUCUCACUACGAGGUUCUGGUUCUGCUGGCUCUGACUGACCCCAGCCCGCUUGUCUCCCUCACAGCGACGCACUGCGACGGACCAACCAGGUUCAAGUGCCGCAGCGGAGAGUGCAUCAGCAUGGCGAGGGUGUGCGACGGGCGGCACCACUGCAGGGACUGGUCCGACGAGCCUCUGAGAGAAUGUGGAUCCAAUGAGUGUCUGUACAACAACGGCGGCUGCUCCCACGUUUGCAACGACCUGAAGAUCGGCUACGAGUGUCUGUGUCCGGCCGGGUUCAGCCUGGUCAACAGGAAACGCUGCGAAGACAUCGACGAAUGCGCCGACCCUGACACCUGCAGCCAGAUCUGCAUCAACCAGAUCGGCAGCUACAAAUGUGAGUGUAAGGACGGUUACCAGAUGGAUCCUGCAACCAAGGCCUGCAAAGCCAUCGGAACGGUUGCGUAUCUCGUCUUCACCAACCACCACGAGGUCAGGAAGAUGACUCUGGACAGGAGUGAAUACACACGGGUCAUCCCCCGACUGAAGAACGCUGCAGCUCUGGACAUGAAUAUGGCCACCAAGGAGAUCUACUGGUCAGACCUCUCCCAGAAGAAGAUCUACAGAGCGCCGAUGGACUCGGCCAAAGACCCGGCAAAUCACAGCCUCGUGAUUGGCAGCAACAUCGAGGCUCCUGAAGGCAUCGCCUUCGACUGGAUCCACGGAAACCUGUACUGGACCGACAGUAUCCACGGGACUGUUUCCGUGGUAACUGCUGAUGGUAGUCGCCGCAAAACCCUCUUCCGCCAAGAUCUAUCAAAACCCAGAGCGAUUGUCGUUGACCCCCAUCACAACUUCGUUUACUGGACUGACUGGGGAAAUCCCGCUAAGAUCGAGAGGGGGGGUCUUAAUGGAGGCGACCGCACUGCGCUGGUCACCGACAACAUUGUGUGGCCCAACGGCAUCACCCUCGACCUGCUGAACCAGCGGCUGUACUGGGUCGACUCCAAGCUGCACACCCUGUCCAGCGUGAACGUGCAAGGCGGAGGUCGUCGCACCCUCAUCGUGGACGAACACCAGCUGGCUCACCCUCUGGGACUCACUGUGUUCGAGGAAAAGGUGUUCUGGACGGACGUGAGCAACAACGCCAUCCUCAGCGCCAACAGGCUGACGGGCGGGGACAUUGCACCGGUGGCAGAGCACCUGUCGUCACCAGAAGAUAUCAUUCUGUACCACAACCUCAAACAGCCGGCAGGGAUGAACUGGUGCCAGGUGUCCAACGGCGGCUGUGAGUUCUUGUGUCUGGCGGCUCCUCAGGUGGGAACACACCCCCCGAAAUACACCUGUGUGUGCCCUGAUCACAUGAUGCUGGCCCGCGACAUGCGGACCUGUGUCGCUGCUGUGCCAACAACCUCAGCUCCUGCGACUUCUGCUCCAACUAUCAAAGCGCCGCGGGCGCCACCCAUGACCACGGCCAGGUCCCCGGAACACACCACCAGGGCCCCCAUCACCGCCACCAGCACCUCAGCCAGCCCACAUCCAAGCACGAUGGCCACACCAGAACCAAAGACCCGCCCACCACGGCCGAUGACGCCGAAGGUUCCCCAGGCCUCCACGGAGGCUCCGGUCGCAUCUGCAGAUGACCAUCUUGAGGCUGCUGCAUCUGUUCCAAAGGCUGUCUCCACCCCGACCGCUCUUUAUGUUGUUCUACCUCUCGCUCUUGUUUGUCUGCUGGCUUUUGGUGGCGUUUUGCUCUGGAGGAACUACAGACUGAAAAACACCAACACAAUUCACUUUGACAACCCCGUCUAUCAAAAAACCACAGAGGACCAAGUGCACAUUUGCAGGAGCCUCAGCCACGACGGCUACACGUACCCUAAGAGACAGGCUGUGAGCCUGGAGGACGAAGCUGAUAAUCCAGCCUUCACUGAAAACUGAGGAUGGACGGACGGAACCAGAAGCCUUGAAGCGUUUUUACCUCACUGAGCGUCUGAGCCACACGAGCAGAACCACUAAACCCUCAUAGAUGAACACGUUCCCUCGUCUGUCGUCAGGUUUCUCCAAACCGUUACAGUAACAGACGGUGAACAGUUGUGUCGUCUGUGUGAGGCCUCCUGGGAUGUGACUCAGUAGAAAAACUACUGUGGCGACUUUAAUCAAAUCAUGUUUAUGUCCAUUUGUUCCGUUUAAUGUAUUAAUGUACCAUCUUGUUGGUACUGAACUCGGUUGACGUAAUAAAUCUGUAUCUGCCUGUUUACAGUGAUAUGAGCCACGUUACAUGUUACGGCCUUAAAUUCACACAACAGCAGCUGAAUCAUGUAAAUAUCAUGUUAAUAAUGUAAAUUUUCCUCUUUGUUGUUUUUUGGUUCUGUCGCAGUUUUAGCUCUUGUUGUAAACUUUAAACUUCAGCUGUACAUAAAUAAAAGCUUUUAUUUAUUA